AUGUAUUUAAAAUUAAUUUUUUGGAUUUUAUUUUUAUUAAUUUUUGUCAACAUUUCAAUUGAGAGAAAUUGUAAAUGUCCUAAAAAUGUGGGAAAAAGUUUGUACAAACGUCGCUAUAAAAGAGGUAAUUGUUGUACGAGAGGAGGUCAUGGAGGAACUUUGAGCUCUGGAAGUGGAAGUGUUAGACGUUCUGGAAAUAUGAGUGAGGGUUAUGUAUCAGAGAGAACUGAAAGGCGAAGUCAUGGAGAAGGCAGUCAAGGAGGAUUCGGUGAAAUAUUUCAAGAAGGACGUGAAGGAUAUGGAGGACAUUCUGAAGGCAGCGGACAUGGAAGAACUAGAAGUUCUGGAAGUAGAAGUGAGGGUUAUGAUUCAGAAACAAUUGAAAGGCGAAGUCAUGGAGAAGGCACUCAAGUAGGAUUCGGUGAAAUAUUUCACGGAGAACGUGGAGGAUAUGAAAGACAAUCUGAAGGCAGCGGUCAUGGAGGUACUAGGAGUUAUGAAAGUAGAAGUGAGGGUUAUGAAUCAGAGGGAACUGGAAGGCAAAGCCAUGAUAGAGGAACUGGUCAAGAAAUAGUUCAAGAAAGCGGAGGAUAUUAUGGUCAUGUUCAUGGAGAACAAAGUCAUUGGGGACAAGGCUAUGGAGAACCAAGCCAUGAGGGAACAUCUAAUGUGUCAGGUUUUGGAGUAGAUUUUGGUGGAGGUUAUUUAGGUGAAAGUUCUGAGGUCAUUCAUGGAGAAGAUAAAAAGAAAAUUUUGUACAUUUGCGACAACUAUUUCUACUCCAACGUUCAAUUUCAUGUAUAG